CAAAGAAGCUUCCUUUCAACUAUUCCAUCCAUAUGCGCAUUGAGAAAACAGCUUCUUAUAAAUACAGGCCACUUAAUUGAAGUACUUGGUAUACAUGAGUACAUACACAGAUCCACCCUCUCCACUUCCGUUCAUUGAUUCUUUGAGCCUCAUCGAACCUGAGCACAAACCGUAAUACAGUCAACCUUUAUCAAUUUCAUUAUCAAACCCAAAGAAAACAACAAAAGCUCAUAAUGGCAACUCGCCGUAUCAUAUCUACUGAGAAGACCAUCCUUGACAAAGAUGAUGAUGACAAUGUUGGUCCUGCUGGCCAACAGUCCAGUAGCACAGCGCCGGCUGUUCCCAUGGAUGUAAUUCUAAAACUCCUAGCUUUCACCCUUGCCAUGGUAGUGCUGCCAAUUGGCUCCUACUUCUUAACGGUGAACACCAUUUUCAAAGGAAAUUCGACAUAUGCGGGUGGUUUAGCGGCCAUCAUGGCCAACGUGGUCCUCGUAGGUUACGUGGUCGUAGCUAUGAACGAAGAUCAGUCAGACCAACUUGAGGCAAAGAAGAAAGGAAGUAAGAAAGAGUAAUUAAAAGAGAUUCAAAGGCUUUGCUCCAAGGUAUUUCCCUAUAGGAACCUACGCCUUGGAUGAGUAUAGACUAUGGGUUUGACAAGGUACAAGAUGUUAGAAUGCUGAAAAGGCACCAGUAAAUGCUUCCGUCUAGGUCCCAUGAAUAUCAUACAGCUUGGAGAUUUAUAUCUAGGUGCCUAUGUUGAUAUUAGCAUACUUACCUAGGUAGUAUAGGUAUGGCAUAUGAAUGCCAUCAUGUAAUUAUAUCCACGAUAAAUAUGCCCAAAAAGAAAAAAUCGCCCUAAAUUCCC